UCCUAGUGCCGACGCGACACCUCCAGUAAACAGCGACUCUCGCAGUUAAAGCUACCGUCUCUCCGGGACUCAGUCUGCCGACUGUUUAUGAACCGAUUCCGAAAUAAAAAUGGCCUCCCCUCAGCCUGGCAGCCCGCCUCCUGCAGAGCAGUUUACCCCCCCAGAGAAGGAUGAUGACAGCAAAGAAGAAGAAGAGGCUGUGAGGGAUCAGCCGGUUAAAAAACGCAGCAGAGGCAGACCUCCAAAAGCCAAACCCAGCUUCAAAUGCUCCACAUGCACAGAGACUUUCAAAAGCAUGUCGGCUCUGCAGAGCCACAAGCUGGCAUCGCAUGCAAUGCAGCAGCAACAGCAGCAACAGCAGCAUGCAUGUUCUGAAUGUACCAAAACAUUUUCUAGCAAAGCUCAGCUCUCCAAGCAUGAACGCACCCACUCCUCCCAGCGGCCCUUCCAGUGUCCGGAUUGCCACAAGGCGUACAAGACGACCACGGAGCUGCGCAACCACAGCCGCUCCCACACCGGGGAGAAACCCUUCGUGUGCCCUGAGUGUGGGAAAGCCUUCAUGCAGGCUAUCUGCCUGCGGAUCCACACAACACAGCACAGCGGUGAGCGACCGUACUCGUGCCCCCAGUGCAACAAGAGCUAUCCCACCCUGUCCAAGCUGAAGGUCCACGAACGCUCCCACACUGGAGAGAAGCCAUACUUCUGCGCCGAAUGUGGGAAGAGUUUUGCCGACCCCUCUGUGUUCAGGAAGCACAAACGGAACCAUCAGGGCCAUCGUCCGUAUGCCUGUGAGGAAUGUGGGAAGACGUACACGGAGCUGAAGGACCUGAAGAACCACGAGCGUUCCCACACCGGCGAGAAGCCGUUCCUUUGCUCCGACUGCGGCAAGGCCUUCUCCCGCUCGUCAUCGCUGGCGUGCCACCAGAGAAUCCACUCCCAGAACAAGCCCUACCAGUGUGAGCAGUGUGGGAAAGGCUUCACGCAGCUGUCCUCCUACCAGUCCCACCUGCGCACGCACUCUGGGGAGAAACCCUUCCUCUGCCCCCAGUGCGGCAAGAUGUUUUCCGACCCAUCCAGCUUCCGGCGGCACCAGCGCGCCCACAUGGGGUUCAAGCCGUACCCCUGCGACAAAUGCUCCAAGCGCUUCCGGCAGCCGGCUGACCUGGCCGUGCACGAACGCGUCCACUCCGGGGAGCGGCCGUACAAGUGUCAGAGCUGCGACAAGGCCUUCGUGGCAUCCUGGGACCUGCGGCGCCACAUGCUGGUGCACACCGGGCUGCGGCCCUUCUCUUGCACCGAGUGCGACAAGUCGUUCACUGAGCGCUCCAGCCUCAACAAGCACCGGCGGGUUCAUUCCGGAGAGAGACCCUUCAAAUGCGAGGAGUGCCUGAAGUCAUUCGUGGUCUCCUCGAGUCUGCGGAAGCACGAAAGGACUCACCUGGCAGAGCAGCCGGAAGAUUCAGCCUCCACCUCCACCACCGGCUUCACCCCCCACACCACGCUGCCACAGUUCUCCUGCGCCCUCUGCGACGCCACCUUCGCCUCCUGGGACGAGGUUCAGGCCCACGAGGCGCUCCACCCGGCCGACCCCGCUGCGCUGCACGUCUGCCAAACCUGCAGUGCAGAGUUUGGCCAGCUGGGGGAGCUGGAGGAACAUGCCAAGCAGCACAAAAAGCUGCAUGUCUGCGACAGCUGCGGGAAGGGCUUCCAGAACCGAUCGGGGCUGCGGAAGCACCAGAAGAUCCACUCGGCCAGCAAACCGCACCGCUGCCCACACUGCGGGAAGGCCUUCCUGUUCGCCGCGUACCUGCGCAAGCACCUGCGGACUCACCCCGCGGCGGCAGCAGCGCCCGCAGUCCCAGCUGUGGAUGAGAUCAUUCACACAGACCCGCUUCCCUCGCCCCCGCCGGCCUCGACCUCUGACCCCGGCGCCAUGUCUCUGACCGUACCUGUGAGCUCCUUCCACAACCUCCCAGAUUACCUGGUCAAAGAUGAAGGACUUUAAUCUUUAAAAAACAACCAACAUUGUAAAAACCCACAAAAACAAACAAAAAAAAAUUGUUGGUGUAACUUAUUAGGGCUUGAUCGUUCUUAUGAUCUCUAACAAAUAUGAUAUAAAAAUGUUUUAUAAUCUCUGAUAUAAUCUCCUACAUAUGCUCAUGUUUUAAUCUGUUUAUAAAAUCAUUUCUCCUGCAAAGAGACGCCAGAAACUAAAUAAAUAAAAUAACUCUUCGUCUCUACUCAUCUUGAAUAAUUUGCAUUCAUUAAAUGUGUUUUAAACCCAUUUUAACAAUUUUAUUUGUUGUUCUAGUGGAAAAAUGUUCACUGUGAAACUUUUAUAUCAAUAAAAAAAAAUUUCCUCUUAA